ACGGCAGUUGGGGUGGAGCCAUGAGCUGGCAGGUGCUUGCAUUCGGCUCCGGUUCCGCACUCGGUGUCCGUCUCCUGCUCUGUUUUUCGGCCUGAACACGCUUUGGCGAUCGAUAGAGGCCGAUGACGGUUCGCUACGUUGGGUAUUUAUUUUUACAAGAGACUUCGUUGCUUUGAGCAUCCUGACAGUGUAGCUUGAAUCGUCUCCCUCUGCCCCCUCCCCCGCCCCCGUGCUAUCUGCCAUUGGCGGUUGGACUGAUGCUGGGCCUUGGGAGCGGGCGGCGCGGCGCGCGCUCCCCGCCGUUGCUCUUUCUGCUGCUGGCGUUGGGCGCGUGUCUGGCUUUCCUCGCGCUCAGUUACUGGGUGUCGAGCUCGCGCAGCGUCGAGCUGCAGGCGCGAGUGACCGCACUCGAAGCCAAGGUCCGGCGCACGGCCGUCGACCUCAGCACCACGGAGCUACAGAAGCAUCAGCUCCAGCUACAGCUGCAGAGCCAACUAGAGGGCCACAAGGACGAAGUGGGUCAGCUCGCACUUCUGCACCGCCAACAGGUCCAGACAGAAGCCAGGAUCUGUAACGAGGAGAAGGAAGCUCUGAAUAGAAACAUUACCAGUAGCACAAGGACUAUACAAACACUGCAAGAACAAUUUCAGGAGCUGCAAAAAGGAUAUAGCCAUUUAACUCAAAAGUUGCAGGAACUGCAAAAAAAAUUAACCUAUGAUGUUACUCAGUGCAGUAACCAAAUAAAUGAUCAGAAAGAGCUGUAUGAAGAACAAAUUAAGGAAUUAAACAAGAGGCUGGCGGAGACUACAAAGUUUCAACCUGAAAACAGAAAUGCUGAAUCAACCAAUCAAAGCAAGUUAUUGCAGACUGAACACAAACAUACAGGAAGACAAGCUACCAUUGAACCAUCAGAUAAAGCACAACUGUUCUCAAGACAAAGCAAUGACCCAACAGAUCUGAUCGAAGUUGAGAAAAUAAAUAAAGUUGAACAUCAAGAAACGAUAAGUGAAUUUGAACAUGAUGCAACGUCUAGAAAGUUUGCUCAAGAAAUUGCAAAUAAGUUACUAGAUACAGGCAUGGUUGAAGAUAAAAAUCGAACAAGGCUUGACUAUGAAAAUUUAGAUUCCAGAAGAAAUACAGAUGAUGAGUAUCAAAAUCAAAAAGAGCUGGCGAAUACAUCGAAAGGGAAAGAAACUGCGGAUUAUAAUGGAGAUGAGGGCAAUGUUGCAGAAUUUGAGAAUGACAAAGAAGCAGAACUUGCAAAUGAGUUAACAGAUGUCUAAAAGACACAGUGAAGAAGCUGUGAACAGAAUUCUUAAAACUGAAAAUAAUAACUUGGAAUCAAUGUUGUGAAGAAAACCCUCUUGCACAUUUUUGGUUGAUGAUGCUUGAACUCUCUUUACAAAUGAUAGGGGCUUCAAAUCAAAAUAAAAUGAACUGGAACUGAUCAUAUGCAGUGGGCAUUCUAUAAAUAGUUAGGAAGUCAAGAGUGUAGGAGAUUUUGAUUUUGAACAAAAUUUUUAGUAAUAAACUUUUAAGCAGUUGUUUGAGAGUAAUUCAGACUCUUGGUGAAUGUUUGAGCAGACCAAUAUUGAAAUUUGAUGCUCUAAAUCUUAUUACAUUCACUGUCAAAAUACUAGUAUAAUAUUUAGAUAUUAGCACCUCUUUAUUUCCUUACAAGUAUCAAGUCCGUUAUAAUAGGAAUCAAUUCCAAUGUAGAAUUAAAGAAUUUCUAUCUUAAAUAUAUCAUCAAUUAUAAAUCUUAAAAGAGAAUUAUUUUUUAAUCUGUUGAUGAAGCAGAUUUCAAGGAUAGGUCCAUUGUUUAAAAAAGGUUCUGAAAUAUAAGAUAUGGCCAAUCUUUACGUGUAUUUUUGUUGUGAAGUGCACCACCUACUGUUGGAUGUUUGCAGAAAAAAAACUAUUGAUGAGAUUUUUUUUCUUGGUUGGAUAGCUUUUUAAAUUACUAAGAUAUGAAAAUUUUAACUGUCGAUGUCGCUGUCCCCAUUACAAGCUUAUAGUAAAUAUAAUUGAAUUUUUGCAAAAAAUAUCCAGUGUUGGCAUCUUGAAGUGACAGGGUUGAAAACUGAGUUCAAGCUGCUUUCACUCAUUAAAGCUGUUUAAUCUGCUUCACUGCAAUACCAGUGCAUGAGAAUUCUGAGGUUGGGGUGCACAUUCCUCUUUCUUUUCACUGAAAGAUAAAUUUUCCAUCAUCUAAAGUUAAAACACCACUUGAAUAAGAUUUACCUGUUGGGCCAAAUUCUUUUAACAAGGAAGCAGAUUAUAUUCCAUUAUUUUUUGUUUUAGCUAUCUCAACAAGGGCAAUCAGUUGUGUCUUUGUUUUUAAAACAAUGUAUUCAUGUUUCCAUUCAUACAUUUUUCUCAUUUAAAUUUUGAAAUAAGCUUGGUAACUUUAUCCUGAUGAAACAAUUUUAUUUUUCCCUUUGUAUUUUUAUUUAAAGUGUAUUUUCUACUUGGGAAAUCUAUUGCUGUGUUACAAAAGGGCAGGAAGGAACCUACUCUCACUUAGAUUUGGUGACUUUCUGAGCACGGGAAUGACAUGGCUUUUUUAAAAAAGUUCCUGAAGUUAUGAGAAGUCAUUAAAAUGAUGUUGGCUUUACUGUUCUGUCAAUAAAUGUUUACUUGGUGAAGCUUGCUACUGUGCUAAUAGAAGUUAUUUGCAAAUUGGGUUGUUGUUAAUUCUAUUUGAUGGUAAUAAAAUUUUUAUUCAUCUCC